UAUCUGGAAGCUUACUUGUAUUGGAAAAAGAAAGAUGGAGCUUAUCUUUGAUUGUCACAAGUUUAGUGAUGAGAAAAAGGUGAAACUUGUCAUCACUCAAUUCAUGGAUUAUGGUAUAGUUUGGUAGGAUCAAAUAUUGGUUAGUAGGAGGAGAAGUCUAGAACAUUCAUUGAUAAUUGGUUUGACCUCAAAACUAUUAUGAGGAAUCGGUUUGUGCCUAAGCAUUAUUGUACAGAGCUUCAUCAACGACUUCAAACUUUGAAGCAAGGCACUAAGUGAUUGGAAGACUACUACAAGAAGAUGGAGAUGCUUAUGACCCGAGUUGAUUUGGACAAGGAACGGGAAACCACCAUUGCUCGUUUCUUAGCUGGUUUAAAUAAAAACAUAACAAAUCAGGUGGAUUUGCGAUAUUAUAGGGAGAUAGAAGAAUUAGUUCAGAGUGCUCUCAAAGUAGAAAAGCAGCUUCGUAGUAGAGGAGCAACAAGGUAUGAGUCCAAACCUUUCUUUAAUGCUAAAUCUACAUGGAAUUCUUUUUGAAAUAAGGACUCAAAAAGAGAUUCAAAGCGAAUGAGUAAAGUUAGUUUUGAUGGGGAUAAAGAAAAAGAGUGAUUCGGCCCAUAAAGAGAACAAUAAGGUUAAAGGUUCUAAAGGAAAAACUAAGAACAUUAAAUAUUUCAAGUGUUUUGACGAUGAAUCAUUUUCAAGAGAGGAAGAAUGAUAUGAACCAGCCUAGGUAUAGACAAAGAAAGCUUUAAGAUGAUGGUCCAAUAAAGAAAGAUAUGAAUCUUGAAGUUUAUGGACAUAUAGAGCAAGAUCAGGUCAAAUAGGCCAAGAAUCCAAUAGCCUUACCAUAAGGCUCUAUUAUUAUAUCAAGAGCUAAGAAGUACCAAGAGGCCAUAAAAAAAUAUUUCCAAAGCUUAGCAUUGCACAUGUAGGCAAACCAAUGAGAUCCUUUAAGAUAAGAUAGUGUAGAUCACAACUCUUUUAAUGUGUUACAAGUCUAACUUCAAGAUGGACCAAUUUUAUAAGCUACAUUUGAGCUUUAGUUUAAAUUUAUUUAUUUGGAUAACUUGUUUUAAAUUAGGAUUUCUUUAUUUGAUACCGAAAUUAUUUAUCUGGUUUAACUUAUUUAAGAUCUGUAUUUAAUUUUUUUUAUUUUUUGUUAGAAAAAUUAUCUCUGUACCGUUUGAAAUUAGUUUCCUAAAUAAGCUAAGUUAGGGUUUUUGAGUGUGUUAUUUAUACUUAUGUUAGCAGAAUAUUUAAUAAAGUUUUAGGACUAAUAUUAUCCAAUAUUUUCUUUUUUAAGUUGUUGCUUUAAACCCUAUGUUGUUGAGUAAAUACAAUAAAACUUAUCAAAAGAAUUUAUCUAUCUUUUACGGCGUCCAUAGAUUGGGAUUUAAAGGAUUUAAUAAUUUUUUUUUUCGAAAUAUUCUUAGUUUUUCUUGGGCAAGUAUAUUGAAUAGCUGAGAGGUUUUCUAGUUUAUAAAUCACGUUCGCAUCGCCAAAGAGUUUAUAAUUUCAAUCUAUGGAGGUUUAUUAACAGGAGGGAACAAAGCUGAAUUUUGAACUGUGCAGAAAAGGCUCCCCCUAGCAUGAUUACCAUUCUUGAAUAAAUUAAAAAAGCAUGAUUACCAUGGUUAAUGGCAAAACACACUUCUUCCCUUCGCUUAAUAGCAUCACGAAUUCUUUACAACAAAACACUGCGCAUCUUUACCUUCUGCACAAUAUCAACGCUUCAACAAAACCAAACAAAACUACCUACAAAGAUCAGAACUUUUUCCCACAUUAUCCAAGAAUGCUCCGAUUACAACUCCUUAAAACCUGGAAAACAAGCCCAUGCUCGCAUGAUAGUAUCUGGGUUUAUCCCUGAUGUGUAUAUCUCAAAUUGUUUGAUGAAAAUGUAUCUAAGAUGUUCUCAUUUGAACUAUGCAUACAAAGUGUUCGAAAAAAUGUCUCAAAGAGAUGUGAUUUCUUAUAACACAAUGAUAUCUGGUUAUGCUGACGCUGGAGAAAUGAAUCUUGCUAAUGAGUUUUUCUAUGACACUCCCAAAAGAGACGUGGUGUCGUGGAAUUCAAUGCUUUCAGGGUUCUUACAGAAUGGUGAAUGUAGAAAGUCAAUUGAUGUUUUCUUGGACAUGGGGAGAUCGGAAGAAGUGGGGUUUGACCAAACUACUUUUGCUGUUGUAUUGAAAGCUUGUUCUGUUUUGGAAGAUGGGGGUUUGGGGAUUCAGGUUCAUGGGCUUAUUGUCCGAAUGGGAUUUUACAAGGAUGUCGUUACAGGGAGUGCUUUGCUAGACAUGUAUGCAAAGUGUAAGAGAUUAGAUGAUUCACUUAAGAUUUUUAGUGAAAUUCCUGUGAAGAAUUGGGUUUGUUGGAGUGCUAUUAUUGCUGGUUGUGUUCAAAAUGAUGAGCAUAUUUUGGGUCUGGAGUUGUUUAAGGAGAUGCAAAAGGUUGGAAUUGGGGUCAGCCAAUCUAUCUAUGCUAGUGUUUUCAGGUCCUGUGCUGGGUUGUCUGCACUGAAAGUGGGUACUCAGUUGCAUGCCCAUGCUUUAAAAUGUGAUUUUGGAUCCGAUAUCACUGUAGGGACUGCCACUUUGGAUAUGUAUGCAAAAUGUGGAAGUUUGGCAGAUGCUCAAAGGAUAUUUAACUCAUUGCCAAAACAUAGUUUGCAAUGUUACAAUGCCAUUAUUGUUGGUUGUGUCCGAAAUGAGAAAGGCUUUGAAGCUCUGCAAUUUUUCCAGCUUUUGCUGAAGUCUGGCCUUGGUUUUAAUGAGAUUAGUCUAUCUGGGGCAUUCAGCGCUUGUGCGUCCAUCAAAGGGGAUCUGGAUGGCCGUCAACUACAUUCUUUGUCAGUUAAGAGUACUCUUAGGUCAAAUAUUUGUGUUGCAAAUUCCAUUCUUGACAUGUAUGGUAAAUGUGAAGCUUUGUCAGAAGCUUGUUGUAUGUUUGAUGAGAUGGAAAGAAGAGAUGCUGUGUCUUGGAAUGCAGUCAUUGCAGCUCAUGAACAGAAUGGCAAUGAGGAGGAGACACUUAACCUUUUUGCAUCAAUGCUCCGCUUGAGGAUGGAGCCUGAUCAGUUCACUUAUGGCAGUGUCUUAAAAGCUUGUUCGAGCCAGCAAGCUUUGAAUAGUGGUAUGGAGAUCCAUAACAGAAUUAUUAAAUCUGGAUUGGGUCUGGAUUCCUUUGUAGGAGGUGCUCUCAUUGAUAUGUACUGCAAGUGUGGAAUGAUAGAAGAGGCUAAGAAAAUUCAUGAUAGAAUAGAACAACAAACAAUGGUUUCAUGGAAUGCAAUUAUUGCUGGAUUCACACUGCUAAAACAUAGUGAGGAUGCUCACAGCUUCUUUUAUGAGAUGUUGAAAAUGAGUGUAAAGCCAGACAAUUUUACAUAUGCAAUAGUCCUUGAUGCUUGUGCUAAUUUGGCCUCUGUUGGACUUGGGAAGCAAAUACAUGGUCAAAUCAUUAAGCUAGAAUUACAUUCAGAUGUGUAUAUAACCAGUACCCUUGUCGAUAUGUACUCAAAGUGUGGAAACAUGCAGGAUUCCGCACUAGUGUUUGAGAAAGCUCCUAAUAAGGAUUUUGUAACAUGGAAUGCCAUGAUCUGUGGCUAUGCUCAGCAUGGUCUUGGAGAAGAGGCUCUAGGAUAUUUUGAGAGAAUGCAACUUGAGAAUGUAAGACCAAACCAUGCAACUUUUGUUUCCAUCCUUAGAGCUUGUGCACACAUGGGGUUCAUUGAUAAAGGGUUGCAUUACUUUAAUGCUAUGCUAACUGAGUAUGGUUUAGAACCUCAAAUAGAGCAUUAUUCAUGCAUGAUUGAUAUAAUAGGGAGAUCAGGCCGGAUAAGUGAGGCUUUGAAGCUUAUUCAAGAGAUGCCUUUUGAAGCAGAUGCUGUUAUCUGGAGAACUCUGCUCAGUAUUUGCAAGAUCCAUGGAAAUAUAGAAAUUGCAGAGAAAGCAACUAAUGCUAUUUUGCAGUUGGAACCAGAAGACUCUUCUGCUUGUAUUCUUCUAUCAAACAUUUAUGCUGAUGCAGGAAUGUGGGGUAAGGUCUCAGAGAUGAGAAAGAUGAUGAGAUAUAAUAAGCUAAAGAAGGAGCCUGGCUGCAGCUGGAUUGAGGUAAAAGAUGAGGUACAUGCAUUUCUUGUUGGGAACAAAACUCAUCCCAGAUAUGAAGAGAUUUAUAAAAUUCUUUCUGUUUUACUUGAUGAGAUGAAGUGGAUUGGCUACAUACCCGAUAUUGAUUUUCUCAUUGAUGAGGAGUCAGAAGAAUAUGAGCAGGAAAAUAUCCGGCUAGACUGGGAUAGUUAAGAAUCCAAAGGUGAAAAUAAAUGAACGAGUCAUUCAACAGAUUCAGCAAGGGGAGAAUUUUUGUUGAUAUCUAUUCUAUAUAAUCAGAAAGCUUCAGAAAUGGAAAAUGUUGAAUCCCAUAAGAAGUUGAGAUUGCAAAAUGAGCAAGAAUGGGUAAUGGGUGGGGGAGUUAAGCUGCACAGCGGCUUUAAACGUGUUAUGCCUCCAAGGUUUCCAUUUUGAGUCCCUUUUAUUUUUUAUUAUUGAACAGUUUGCUCGAAAAACUUAGCAGGAUGGAGAAUUGCAAAUGUUGGAGUAUCAAGAUAUUAAAGUUGCCGCAUAUCUCAAAACUGAAGAUCUUGUCAUCUUCUUUUCCAGUUUGCUGUACAUGGUAAUUGCUCGCUAUGAUGCUGCAGCGAGAAGAUUUGAGUUCGAAUCUUGAGCAGAUUAAACAUUAAUCUUUGAAGUCUUCAUCCGGUAAACCUCACUUAGGAUAGAUCAUUACUGAAUGAUUGUUUGCUAUCAAAUUUCAGCUCUAUCAUCAAUAGGUCUACCAAUGCAAUUAUAACAGAGUCCAUAUCAGUCUCGCUCUUCUUUUAUACAAGCAAUUUCUACUGUUGCCUACAUGGAGCUUUCCCCUGGCAUCACUAAACAACUCCAGCAUUUUUGCAUGAUCUCUCAAUUCGUUUGUUUCAAUUUUGUGCAUAAUCUCUUCCCUGUCAGAAUUUUUGGGAUGUACUGAUGUAUUGCAUUAUGAUUCCAUUCCAGUAUGUCUUCUCUUCUUUUCACUCUUUCCUCAGGGCGUUAGUUCGCUACUGAUCACCUAGGAGUAUUUAGCCUUGUAAGGUGGCACGCACUGUUUUUAUGGUUCUUUCGUGCUAGUUUGAACUUAUACUUAAAAUAGACUAUUUGAAGAUUAGUUUCAUGUAACAAAUAGGAUACUUUCUUCAAUUACUAAAUGCUGGGGAUGUACGUAGUGUAAGCCCAUUGAUCAUUUACAUUAUUUUUAUUUUGUAAACUUUUGCCUUUAAAGAGAAAAGAACAGUUAUCCUGAA